AUGAAAUUGUUGUUUGUUUGUUUAGGCAAUAUUUGUCGUUCUCCUGCUGCAGAGGCUGUUAUGAAAAAAGUGAUUCAAAACCAUCACCUAACUGAAAAAUAUACAUGUGACUCUGCAGGAACAUGUUCAUAUCAUGAAGGACAACAAGCUGAUUCUCGAAUGAGAAAAGUAGGAAAGUCAAGAGGAUAUCAAGUUGAUUCAAUUUCACGUCCUGUUGUUUCUUCUGAUUUUAAAAACUUUGAUUAUAUCUUUGCAAUGGAUAAUGACAAUUAUUACGAGUUACUUGAUAGAUGUCCUGAACAAUACAAACAAAAAAUAUUUAAAAUGGUUGAUUUUUGUACUACUAUUAAAACAACUGAAGUUCCUGAUCCUUACUAUGGUGGAGAAAUUGGUUUUCAUAGAGUCAUUGAUAUUCUUGAAGAUGCUUGUGAGAAUUUAAUCAUUAAACUACAGGAAGGAAAACUUACUAAUUAA